AUGGGCCACCUUGUCACUCUUGCAACAUGUUCCCUUAAUCAAUGGGCCCUUGAUUUUGAAGGCAACUGCGAACGGAUUAUUGAGAGUAUCCGUCAGGCUAAGAAAGCCGGAGCUACUCUACGCGUCGGACCUGAACUCGAGAUCACCGGAUAUGGUGUUCUUGAUGGAUUCCUCGAGGGCGAUACGUUCCUCCAUUCGUGGGAAAUGUUGGCACGUAUCAUUGACCACGCUGACUGUCAAGACAUUGUGGUGGACCGUUAUCUUUUACAACCGCAAGAUCAUUCUGAUUCGCCCAAAGAUGUGGCUUGCCAAUGGUUUGUCUAUGCCUUUUUUAUCCCAACACUUCGUCUUAUUCUUGUGUCUAUCUUGAGCUAUCCUUCGCUAAUGUUUGUGGCCCAAUCAGAUGGGAACUAUAGAGAGAUGCGGUACUUUACCCCUUGGCAGCGCCCUCAAGAGAUUGAAGAUUAUUAUCUUGAAUCAAUCGUUGGUAAAAUAACAGGCCAGUAUAAGGUUCCUUUCGGAGAUGCAGUCAUCAGUACAAGAGAUACUUGUCUAGGUCUAGAGACCUGCGAAGAGCUAUUCACUCCUAAUGGGCCUCAUAUCCCUUACGGUCUUGCCGGCGUGGAGAUCAUCUCCAAUUCUUCAGGAAGUCAUCACGAGUUAAGGAAGCUUGACACCCGUAUCAACUUGGUUACACAAGCUACGAAACUGAGUGGAGGCAUUUAUCUAUAUGCAAACCAGCAAGGCUGCGAUGGUGACCGGCUGUAUUAUGAUGGCUGUGCAAUGAUUGUCGUCAAUGGCAAUAUCGUGGCCCAGGGCUCUCAAUUUUCCUUGAACGAUGUCGAGGUUGUUACAGCUACCGUUGAUAUAGAAGAGGUCCGGACGUAUCGUUCUAGUGCUAGUCGUGGUAUGCAAGCCAGCAAACAAACACCAUUCGUUCGUCUUGACCUCGAUAUGAGACUUUCUCGUCAAAACGAAGAGGCUGAGCCCGGCCUUGCCCCAUCUGAGACUAUUGCGCCCCGAUACCACGCCCCUGAAGAAGAAGUCGCACUCGGUCCAGCUUGUUGGCUUUGGGAUUAUCUCCGAAGGAGUGGUGCCGCUGGGUUCUUCCUUCCGCUGAGUGGUGGUAUUGACAGCUGUGCUACUGCCAUUAUUGUACACUCGAUGUGCAGGGAAGUCAUCAAGGCAGUGUCAGAAGGAAAUGAGCAGGUGAUCAAAGAUGUCCGCAGGCUAUGCGCUGAACCAGCGGAUUCCACCUGGCUUCCUACUACGAGUCAAGAAGUGUGCAAUCGCAUCUUCCACACUAGCUAUAUGGGCACCCAAAAUUCCAGCAAGGAGACAAGGGACCGGGCAAAGAGGCUCUCAACCGACAUUGGAUCCUAUCAUAUCGACUUUAAUUUUGAUACAGUUAUAACUUCCUUGACGAAUUUGUUCACGAUGGUUACCAACUUCCAGCCUAAGUUCAAGGUUCAUGGUGGUAGUCGGGCAGAGAACCAAGCGCUACAGAACGUCCAAGCCCGCCUAAGAAUGGUGCUUUCGUACCUGUUUGCAUCGUUGCUUCCUACAGUCCGACAGCGGCCAGGUGGAGGUGGACUGCUCGUUCUGGCAUCAUCAAAUGUAGAUGGUAAUUUGCGUGGCUAUUUGACGAAAUACGAUGCCAGUAGCGCAGAUUUGAACCCAAUUGGCUCCAUCAGCAAAGUCGACCUGAAGAAAUUCAUCGCCUGGUCUCGGGAUUCGUUUGAAAUACCUAUUCUUCACGAAUUCCUGAACGCCACUCCAACCGCCGAGCUGGAACCGAUAACAUCCACGUACGUCCAGUCAGACGAAGCGGACAUGGGCGUAACGUACGCUGAGUUGUCCACUUUCGGCUACCUGCGUAAGGUUGCGAAGCUAGGACCUUGGUCCAUGUACGAAAGAUUGCUCCAUGUGUGGGGUAAUGAGUACAGCCCUCGCGAGAUAUAUGAGAAAACCCGUCAUUUCUUCUACAAUUAUGCCAUUAACCGCCAUAAGAUGACCGUAAUUACCCCUAGUUAUCAUGCGGAACAGUACUCUCCCGAUGAUAAUAGGCAUGACCUCCGGCAGUUCUUGUACCCCUCAUUUACUUGGGCAUACAAAAAGAUGGAAGACAGUGUCAAAUUCUGGGAAUCAAAGGGAUGGACUGCUGGGAAAGCACAGAAGAAGAACGUCAAGGCAGACUAG